AUGCCUUCUGCCCGGGGAGACAGCGCAAGCUCCCGCUGGGUGGCACGGGUGGUCUCAGGUGAGCCUUAUCCCUGGAGGCGCUGCCGGAGCAGGGGCCCCGGCGCCAUGGGGACUGGAGUCUGGGGCAGCGGCUGGACUUGGAGCUGGCAGAUGCUGUUGCUCCUGGUGACUUCAUGCCAGGAGCCGGCGGUCGGCCAGCUGCGCUAUUCUGUUCCCGAGGAGCUGGAGCACGGCGCCUUCGUGGCUAACAUCGCCGAGGACCUGGGUCUGGACGUGUCCAAGCUGUCGACGCGGCGGUUCCGCAUAGUGUCCCGGGCCGGCACCAAGCAGCACCUGGAGGUGAACUUGGAGAACGGGAUCCUCUUCGUCAACGAGAAGAUCGACCGCGAGGAGGUGUGCGAGGCCAGCGGGGCCUGCCUGUUGCAUCUGCAGCUGGUGAUCGAGAGCCCGCUGGCGCUGUACCGCGUGGAGGUGGAGGUGCUGGACAUCAACGACAACGCGCCCAGCUUUCCCUGGCCGGAGUACGUGCUGGAGGUGACCGAGUCGGCGCUACCCGGCGCCCGCUUCCCGCUGGAGAGCGCGCAAGACCCGGACGUGGGCACCAACUCCCUGCGCACCUACCAACUCAGCCCCAACGGCUUUUUCUCGCUCGAGGUGCAGACCCGCAGCGACGGCAGCAAGUUCGCCGAGCUGGUGCUGGAGCGAGCCCUGGACCGCGAGCAGCAGCGCAGCCACCGCAUGCUGCUCACCGCCCUGGACGGCGGCCUCCCGGAGCGGUCGGGCACGGCCGGAAUCCUCGUCACCGUGCUGGACGCCAACGACAACGUGCCGGCCUUCGACCAGCCCUCGUACGGGGUGAGCCUGCCCGAGGACGCGCCCCCGGGCACGCUGGUCAUCAAGCUCAACGCCACGGACCUGGACGAGGGCACGAACGGCGAGAUCGAGUACUCCUUCAGCGGCCACGCGCCGCCCCGGGUGCGCCAGCUCUUCAGCGUGGAGCCGCGCAGCGGCCAGGUGCGCCUGGCCGGCCCGCUGGACUACGAGCGCGCGCGCUUGCACGAGCUCUAUGUGCAGGCCAAGGACCGCGGCCCCUCGGCGGUGGCCGUGCACUGCAGGGUGCUGGUGCACCUGCUCGACGUCAACGACAACGCGCCUGAGGUGAGCCUCACCUCGGUCUCCACGCCGGUGCUGGAGGAUGCGCCGCCGGGCACCGUGAUCGCCGUGAUCAGCGUGCUGGACCGGGACUCCGGAGACAACGGGCAGGUGAGCUGCGAGAUCCCCCGCAACGUGCCCUUCCAGCUCCAGGCCGCCUUCCGCAACUACUACACGCUGGUCACCACCGCGGCGCUGGACCGCGAGGCAGUGCCUGAGUACAACGUCAGCAUCACGGCGCGGGACAUGGGCUCGCCUGCGCUGCUCACCAGGAAGACCCUGACAGUCCAGGUGUCCGACAUCAACGACAACGCGCCCCGCUUCCUGCAGCCCUCCUACAGCGUCUAUGUGCUGGAGAACAACGCCCCGGGCGCCUCCAUCUGCUCGGUCAGCGCCCUGGACCCCGACUGCCGGCAGAACGCCUACCUGUCCUACUCUAUUGUCGAGGGGCACAUCCAGGGCAUGCCCGUGGCCACCUAUGUCUCCAUCAACUCGGACAGCGGGCACAUGUACGCGCUGCGCUCGCUAGACUACGAGCAGAUCCGCAACUUCCAGGUGCAGGUGCAGGCGCAGGACGCGGGCUUCCCCCCGCUCAGCAGCAAUGUCACUGUCAACGUAUUCGUCCUGGACCAGAAUGACAACGCGCCGGUCAUCGUCUCGCCCGUGCCCCGCAACGGCUCGCUUGCCACAGAUGUGAUGCCCCGCUCGGCCGACCCCGGCUACCUGGUGGGGAAGGUGUCUGCCGUAGACGCGGACUCCGGGCAGAAUUCCCGGCUCUCCUACCAGAUCCUGCAGGCCACUGACCCCAGCCUCUUCAGCGUGGCCCUGUACACUGGCGAGCUCCGCACCAUCCGAGCCUUCCUGGACAAAGAUGCCACCAGGCACCGCUUGGUCAUCCAGGUGCGGGACAACGGGCAGCCGCCGCUCUCCGCCUCGGUGUCCCUACUGCUGUCCGUAGUGGAGAGCGUGCCGGAGACCCUGUCCGAUUUCAACGAGCUCUCCCUGAACCCCGAGCUCUCCUCCUCCACGCUCACCCUCUACCUCAUCGUCUCCUUGGGGUCCGUGUCUUUCACCUUUCUGGUGGCCAUCAUCAUCCUCACGGCCAUCAAGUGCCACAAGGACCGGCACUCCCUUCAUGGCUACGGCUGCUCCCUUCCUGCCUGCUGCUGCGUGAAGGCCAGGGCCUCAGCCGACGUCUUCAAAAAUUCCAACAUUAAGCCCCAACUCUCCUCGGGCAACAAAGUGCCCACCAACUGCCUGGAUGUGGCGGGCAGCGGCCCUCCGGGCUACUGCUACAAAGUCUGCCUGACCCCGGAGUCCGCCAAGAGCGACUUCAUGUUCCUAAAGCCCUACAGCCCGAGUCCCCCGAGGAACAACGAGAAAGCCGCCGAGAACUUACCAGGGCCGGGAAGGAAGCCCCGACUGGCCAAUAACACCGUCAGUGCCCCCAGCCAGAUCAAACAGCCCAAUACGGACUGGCUGCCUACAAAAACCCAGCGAUCUGCCCUGAAAAGUUCGCAGAGUCUGGAAGACGUAGGGGGAGUCCGCAGAGGAGUCCAGAAAGAGCAUGACAGGCUGCGUACCCUGGUCACUCCAGUCUCCGAAUUCCAGAAAGCAUCCGGGGCCUCCAACAGCAUUUGGACCCCCAGGUACGGCCCCCAGUACCCGCCGCACACCCCGUACCAGCACAACGUUUAUAUACCAGGGACCCCAACCAUGCUGGCAAACAAGGAGGGGCCCCGCUGCCUGGAUCCGGAGGACAAGAACAGUUUCUCCACUUUUGGGAAGAGGAAGAAAAUGGCCACCUAUUGCGACAUAAGCGACAGCAUGAUUAUCAACAAUGACCUAAAAUAAUGGCUGCCAAACCAGAGUGCCGGGCAGCUCUGUCCAUGUUCCUGGAGAAGCUGAGAUGGGGUCAGUUGCCUUUUCCAGCCUGCAGCUUUUAUACAGUGCAA